CCUCAUCCACCAUCCCUCCAUCCCAUAUCAACAACAUCCAACAUCCAAACAUUCAGCUCCCCACCCAAUUGACCAUAACAAGACCCUCCCAAACACUCUCUCCACUCCUCCGCAUUAGAACGAGAUAGAUACACGCAAACAUGAUAGCCCUCGGCCUCGAAGGCUCCGCCAACAAAAUCGGCAUCGGCCUCAUCUCGCACCCCUCGCCCACCUCCCCGCCCAUCGUCCUCUCCAACCUCCGCCACACAUACAUCUCCCCACCGGGAACGGGUUUCCUACCCAAAGACACCGCGAUCCACCACCGCGCGUGGGUAGUCCGGCUCGUGAAGCAAGCAGUGCGGCAGGCAGGCGUCCGCAUCGCCGACAUCGACGUGAUAUGCUACACGCGAGGGCCCGGGAUGGGCCCACCACUCCAGAGCGUCGCGCUGGCAGCCAGGACGCUCGCGCUGCUGUGGGGGAAGCCGCUCGUGGGCGUUAAUCACUGCGUUGGCCACAUCGAAAUGGGCCGCGCAAUCACACACGCCAGCAACCCAGUCGUGCUGUACGUAUCAGGCGGCAACACACAAGUAAUCGCCUACUCAGCCAACCGCUACCGCAUCUUCGGCGAGACGCUCGACAUCGCGAUCGGCAACUGCAUCGACCGGUUCGCGCGGACGCUCAUGAUCCCCAACGAUCCGUUCCCGGGUUACAACGUGGAGCAGUUUGCGAAGCGCGGGAGCGGGUAUCUCGUUGAUUUGCCGUACACGGUGAAGGGCAUGGAUUGCAGUUUCUCGGGGCCGUUGGCGGCGGCGGAUAUCCUUGCUAGGGAGGUUGUGGAGGGGCGGUUAAGGAAGGAGGGGGAGGGGGAGGAGGGGGAGUUGGUGACGAGGGAGGAUAUGUGUUUUUCGCUUCAGGAGACGAUUUUCGCCAUGUUGAUUGAGAUUACGGAGCGCGCGAUGGCGCAUGUUGGGUCGACACAAGUACUCGUUGUAGGAGGUGUGGGCUCGAACGAGAGGUUGCAGCAGAUGAUGGGGUUGAUGGCGAGGGAUAGGGGCGGGACGGUGUUCGCGACGGACGAGAGGUUUUGCAUCGAUAAUGGGAUUAUGAUUGCGCAUGCGGGGUUGUUGGAGUAUGGGACGGGCGUUACGACCAAGAUUGAGGACAGCGAUGUCACGCAGCGGUUUAGGACGGAUGAGGUGUAUGUGGGUUGGAGGGACGAUUGAUUGAGUUUCUACGUUGCGUCUCACAGCUCACGCGACGUCCAUUCAUCUCUCCUAUGCAUCCCACGCACACACAGAUGGCACAUCUCAGAUCUUCAGAUCUUAGAUCUCAGCUUCCCCACCAAAACACCCCCCCUCCAUCUACCCACGCAUUUUUCGUCCAACCAAAGCACAAAGCACAAAGCACAAACGUCGGACAAAAAAUGGAGAUCACACAAUUUGGGGGGAACGAAACGGAUCGUCUCGGAUGGCUAGGUAGACACACACAUAGUCCCACGUGAGGUGAGGUGAGGUGGGGUGGGGUUCACAAAUGCAGGAACACCCGCUCUCCGUCUUACAUCCCCCC